CCCGGUCCACGUCGAUCGUCUGGCUGAGGAGAUCGGGCAGGGCUCUAUAAGAUGGAGCAGCAGCGUAGCGUGCCACACGAGACUGCCGCAGGAGAGUCAGGAGCGUGCGCGUAGGCCGGGUGGUGGUGGACGGGCUGCGGCGGCAUGUGCAACGGGCGGGAGCACGCCCUCCGCGCCUCGCUGCGCGACGCGAGGCCGGAGCCGGCAGCGGCAACGGGGCGGCACGACGCGAAGAUGGAGGCGGAGCCCGAGCGCGCCGAGGCUGAGACGACGGCGACGACGGUGCGGGCGAGGGUGCGCGCGUGUGAGGCCGAGCGGGAGUGGAAGCAGCGGGCAAGGGAGGCGGAGGCGGAGAUGCAGAGGACGGAGAAGCUCAUGCACCUGCUCUUCUGGGGCCCCAACUGACCCGUCUGACCCACCGGUCUCGAAGGUCUCCACGGUCCAAUACUCCAAUACAAUAGCGUGUGGUGCAUGUUUGUGAUCGACAGUUUAGCAUCCUUGUUUAGUUGUUCCAACGCGAUGCAAAACUGUUCGUUGUUUGGUUUUGUUUACAUGGCAAAUACAAAAUGGAGUUCUUAGUCCUGGUGGAUCGUAACCACAGGCAGAUUCUGAA